AUGAUGAUGGUCUCCAUUACCAGCCACCGCCAGCAGCUCCUGCUGUACCUGCACUUACUCGUUCAUUUGUUCCUUGGGAUCCAACAUCAGCUCUCGCACUCCCUCACCACCUACAACAACCAAACUACCAUACCACCAGCAGCAGCCGUUCCAUGCCGGCCGGACCAGUCCGUGGCACUGCUCUGGCUGCGGCGUUCCUUCUCCACCACCACCACCACCGACUCCCCAUGCACCCUCACGUCAUGGCAGCCCAGCACGAACUGCUGCCGCUGGGAGGGCGUCGCCUGCACUACCGCUGACGGCUGCGUCACCACCCUCGACCUCGCGGAAUGCCUGCUGCAGAGCGCCGGCCUCCACCCGGCGCUUUUUGAGCUCACCUCCCUGAGGUACCUGGACCUUUCUUUCAACAGCUUCAACGAGUCGGAGCUCCUGGCUGUUGGGUUUGAGCUGCUCACCGAGCUCACCUACCUCAACCUCUCCUACACCGACUUCAUAGGCAACAUACCGCACGGGAUAUGGCGGCUCAACAAGCUGGUUCUUAGCCUACCAAAUACACACAUCGAUGCUCCAAUUUGUGAAUCGUUGUCCAGCAUUCGCUCAUUGACCAUGAUCAACCUAAACUAUAACAAAGUCUAUGGCCAAAUCUCAGAGUCCUUUGCUGACUUACCUUCCCUCAAUGUUCUUAAGCUUGCCUAUAAUCGCCUCGAAGGACGGUUCCCGAUGAGGAUCUUCCAGAACAUAAACUUAAUGGCUAUUGAUGUUAGUUAUAUUUCCAAGGUAUCUGGUCUACUUCCCAAUUUCUCAUCACAUAGUAUUAUGAAGGAACUGGUUUUUAGCAACACCAACUUCUCUGGUCCCAUUCCAGGUUCAAUAAGUAAUCUCAAAUCCUUGAAGAAAUUAGGUUUCUGGGGCUGGUAUAGUAGGAGAAAUACCAUCUUGGGUUGCAAAUUUGACUUCUCUGGAAACUCUACAGUUCUCGAACUGUGGGUUAUGGGUAACCUCAAGAACCUAAUUAAAUUGAAAUUGUAUGCAUGUAAUUUUUUUGGUCAAAUUCCUCCACAUUUAUUUAAUCUUACUCAAUUAGGCAUCGUAAAUUUACAUUCCAAUAGUUUCAGUGGUACCAUCCAACUCAACUCAUUCUUCGAAAUGCCCAACCUAGUCAUACUGAAUCUUUCAAACAACAAGCUUUCCGUAGUAGAUGGAGAAUACAAUUCUUCAUGGGCAUCCAUCCAAAACUUUGAUACUCUAUGUCUAGCAUCUUGUAACAUAUCCAAGCUCCCUAAUACCUUGAAGCACAUGUAUUCUAUUGAAAUUCUUGACCUUUCAAACAAUCACAUCCAUGGCCCUCUACCUCAGUGGGCAUGGGAUAAUUGGAUCAACUCUCUCAUCUUGAUGAACAUAUCACAUAACCAAUUUAGUAGUGGUAUUGGAUAUGGCCCUAUCAUUUUUGCUAAUAUGUUUGUUAUCGAUAUCAGUUAUAACCGAUUUCAAGGGCCUAUACCUAUACCAGGACCGCAGAACCAACUAUUUGAUUGCUCAAACAACCAAUUCUCAUCCAUGCCAUUCAAUUUUGGUUCUCACUUAAGUAGUAUUUCCCUACUCAUGGCUCAUGGAAACAAGUUGUCUGGAGAAAUUCCACAAUCAAUCUGCGAAGCAACAAGCCUUAUGCUCCUUGAUCUCUCCAAUAAGGAUUUGAUUGGCUCCAUCCCUUCUUGUUUAAUGGAGGAUAUGAGUCGCCUCAAUGUAUUAAAUUUGAAAGGAAAUCAACUUCAUGGAAGAUUACUAAAUAGCCUAAAGCAAGAUUGUGCAUUUGAGGCAUUAGACUUUAGUGAUAAUCAGAUUGAAGGACAAUUACCUAGAUCUCUAGUUGCUUGCAAAGACUUGGAGUUCACCACUGCCAUCACAUACAAAGGAUAUGAUAUUAGUUUUUCUAAAAUAUUGAGGACCAUUGUCAUCAUUGAAGUUUCUAAUAAUGAAUUCUAUGGCACUAUUCCUAAGUUAAUUGGGGACCUUGUUCUACUUGGUGGGCUAAAUAUGUCACAUAAUGCCCUCAUUGGACCGAUACCAUCUCAUCUUGGCAUGCUACAUCAACUUGAGUCACUAGACUUGUCUUCAAAUGAACUUUCUGGAGAGAUCCCAUGGGAGUUGGCAUCAUUGGACUUUCUUUCAGUGUUGAAUCUAUCCUACAACAAAUUGCAGGGAAGAAUACCCGAGUCUUCCCACUUCUUGACAUUCUCUGAUCUCUCAUUUUUAGGAAACAUUGAUCUGUGUGGGUUUCAAGUGUCCAAAGCAUGUAACAACAUGACACCAGAUAUGGUUCUACAUCAGUCAAAGAAGGUAUCAAUAGACAUUGUACUAUUCCUUUUUGCUGGAUUGGGAUUUGGGGUUGGAUUUGCAAUUGCAAUUAUCUUGACAUGGGGAAUCUCAAGGAGCGCAUUGUUACAUUUCCAAUCCACCAUUGUCGAAGAUAAUGUUCCAUCUCCAAUAAUCUGUCCAACUACUUCACCUAAUCAACCAUGCCAUCUCAAGGAGGAUGAAGGCCACCUUCCCAUUGUUCAAGAACUAGAGUCAAGAACUAGAGAACUAGAACAUAUUUUCUUCGGUUAG